AAAUGCACUCUUUCAUUCUGCAAAACAAACAAAAAAGAAAUGGAUGUGACUAUCAACAAGUCUUGCACAGUAAAACCCAAAGAACCAACAAAAACAGGCAGCCUCCCACUUUCAGCAUGUGAUCAAGUCGGAACUCUAACUCACGUCCCCACUAUUUACUUCUACAAACCAUCGCCGGAUUGGCUUAUGCAAUCCGAUGCCAUUCUCACAACCCUGGUAGACUCGCUAAGUCGUGUACUAGUGCCCUUCCAUCCACUCGCCGGCCGUCUGCGGUUCGCUAGCAAUACCCGGCUUGAGCUGGACUGCAAUGACAUGGGUGUCGAGUUCCGAGAGGCGGAAUCACAAUCUAAACUGGAGGAUUUUGGAGAUCUUUCGCAGUGUCUAGCGUACGAAUACCUAAUUCCGAAUGUGGAUUAUACGCUGCCAUUACAUGAACUACCGAUAAUGCUAGCACAACUCACUAAGUUUCAAUGUGGUGGUGUUUGUCUUGGCCUGACUAUAUGUCAUGUUGUUGCUGACGGACAAAGUGCACUUCAUUUUCUUUCUGAGUGGGCGCGAAUUGCUCGCGGUGAACCCUUAGGGUUAGCUCCAUUUCUUGAUCGGAAUGUGCUUAGAGUUGGCGACCCGCUAAUGGAAUCCCCGGUUUUUGACCAUGAAGAAUUCCAACAUCCACCAUUGUUGGUGGGGGAAUCAAAUACUUUGGAAGAAAGAAAAAAGAAAACCACUGUAGCUUUGCUUAACCUAAAUAAAGAGCAAGUUGAGAAAUUGAAAAGAAAAGCUAACGAAGGAGAGAGUAUUGGGUUUAGUAGAUAUCAAACCUUGACUGGUCAUGUGUGGAGAUGUGCAUGCAAAGCUAGAGGACAUAAACCAGAGCAAACAACAGCAAUCGGUAUUUGUGUGGAUUCACGUAAACGUAUGCGACCACAAUUGCCUGAUGGGUAUUUUGGAAAUGCAACUUUUGAUGUAAUUGCAAUCAGCACUGCUGGUGAGCUAACAUCAAAGCCAUUAGGAUACGCUUCAAGAAAAAUAAAGGAAGCCGUAGAAAAGAUGACAAAUGAGUAUGUAACAUCCGCUAUUACUUUCUUGAAAAAUCAAAAAGAUUUGACAAGAUUUCAAGACAUUCAUGCCCUAAAUAGCGCUGAAGGACCUUUCUAUGGAAACCCUAAUCUUGGAGUUGUGAGCUGGUUGACAUUGCCGAUGUAUGGUCUUGAUUUUGGUUGGGGAAAGGAGAUUUUCAUGGGGCCAGGAACUCAGGGUUGCGAUGGCGACUCGUUCCUUAUACCGGGUCAUGAUGGUGAUGGAUCGUUAGCUCUUGCUAUAUGUUUGCAGGUUGCUCAUAUGGAUGCUUUUAAGAAGUAUUUCUAUGAAGAUAUUAUUUGAUAAUGUUGAAGAAAAUUAUAAGAAUUACUAAAUAAGCGAACAGAUUGAAUAAAAAUUGCGAGAAAUGAUUACAUAAAUGGACUAUUUUAAAAUUAUUGUUA